UGUUGUGUGAGUUGACGGCGGUGAAGCGACAGUAGGGUGGUGUAGUAUGUUUGCCUGUUCUGUUACUCAAAAUCAUGAUUAUAGAAUUAGAGCUACGUAUCCAAGUUAAAUCACCCUGUAUAUGCGUCUUGGGAACAAGUAUGCUAUAAGCUCUUUCUUUCAUGAUCAUACAGAAUACAGAAGAAUUCAAGACACUUUGUAUAAGAUAGAAUACUAACCAGAAUAUAAGAAUUGGUAUUUAAUGCAUACUGUACCUGUGAUAUACAUGAACUACUAAAAUGGAAUAUUUACAUUUAUUACUGAUUGCAUUUGCAAGUAUAUUAACAUUAUCUGCCGGGCAGGACACAGGAGCAUGCAUAAACCGUGCAUGCUACCCAAGGUUUCGCGAUUUGAUUAUGGACAUUGCAAACAGGACUAUUGAAGCGAGUUCCACAUGCGGAACACCCGAGGAUGAAUUUGAGUUACGAACAGUGGGAGCUAACGGUGACACUUACGAACUUAUGUUAUGCAAUUCUACCAUUGAAGAGCUUUCCCAUCCGGUCGACAGUGUAACUGACUAUUCAAGCGAAAUACUUUUCGGUCAGGAGUACACUUCACCGAAUCUGAACACGUGGUGGCAGUCUGAAAACGAGGUAUCGGAUGUCCGGCUUACACUUUCAUUGUUUAAUAGUCUGCUUUUUCAAGGCAUGACUAUCGCGUUCAGAAGCCCAAGACCCCUUAGUAUGAUCAUUGAGAAAAGCCAUGAUGAUGGCCUUACUUUCGAACCUAUCCGGUAUUUUGCGGAUGACUGUUCGUUACGAUUUCCGACAGUACCGGUCGCAUCUUCACAUACCUAUGAAGGCUAUGCUGUUGUCUGUAUGGAGAGAUAUUACUUUGGUGAUAGUGAAACAUUGAUUCCGGAUACGGAUAUACAACAGGUACUUUACAACCCGGCUCAAGAGAACGGACCCAACUUUGCUCUUUUUGAUGCACAGCAGUACUUUAUCAUCACUGACAUUCAAAUAACUCUUGGGGUAGCAGGGGACACAGGUCACCCUCUGCGAAGCUAUUUUGCCAUUGCUGAUUGGGAUGUUAAAGGGCAGUGUGCUUGUUAUGGCCAUGCGGAGGAAUGUAGAGGUUUUGAUGGGGCUGAGUGCGUGUGCCAGCAUAACACAAUGGGUAGAAACUGUGAAGAAUGUCUGCCAUUGUUCAGGAAUCGCCCAUGGCAGGUAGCAAUGGGAAGCAAUGCUAACGAGUGUCAAGAUUGUGAGUGUAAUGGUCGAGCAGUGUCUUGUACGUAUGACCCCGCCAGGCAGUAUGGUGUCUGUAACGACUGCACUGAGAACACCCUGGGAGACAAGUGUGAGAUGUGCACUCCAAAUUUCUUCCGGAACCCCUACUUGAACCCAGAGGUCAACACUACUUGUAUCGAGGGUGAAUCUGAUCCCUUUGGAUGUGUAUUGUAUUGCCAUGCAUGCAACUGUUCCGAUGUUGGUACUAUUUUAAACACUAUUUGCCUGGAGUUCGAUGGUCAGUGCCAGUGUAAGAUUAAUGUCCAGGGUCGUCAGUGUGACGAGUGCCUAGACGGAUACUGGGAUUUCUCCGUGGAACAUGCGUUUGGUUGUAUAGCAUGUGUUUGUGAUGAUCGUGGUAAAAUUGAAGAGCCAGAUUUUUGUGACAAAGAGACCGGUAUUUGCUACUGCAAAGCAAACGUUGAAGGUGACAGGUGUGACACAUGUAAGAUUGGAAGUUACAGCUUAUCUAGUUUGCAUGAAGAUGGCUGUCUCUUGUGUGACUGUGAUGUUGGUGGCUCCACCACCUACGACUGUCCAGAUCCGCUAGGUCAGUGCACAUGUCGACCGCACCUAAUUGGGAGAACCUGCAGUGAAGCUAGUCCGGGCUACUAUGUCCCCAAACUAGAUGGCAUCAUGGUAGAGGGAGAACUGCCUACUACAAUAAGUACAGGGGAGGUUGUGCUAGAAGAGCGUGCUGGACAUGGUGUAGGUGGAACGGUCACUGGUCAAGGGUUUCUGGUCGUUGGUCAAAAUACCAUGCUCACCUACUCAAACCUUGAAAUACCGAGAACUAUGAAUUAUCAAAUUGUUGUACGUUAUGAGUCUGAAAGUGUUUUUGGAGCAGUGAGUGUAAACUUCAUCCAGUUAACACCAGAAGCAUACACAUGUACCGGUACAGCCUACGAUGGCAGUACUCUUACUGCUAUGCAAGACCUGAUGGAGAUGGGAGAGGGAGGUGUGAUGCUGUUUGGUGCCCUUUGCUUGAGAGGUGGUGCCGCCUAUAAUGUCACCGUCAACAUCGGAGCAGGCUCAAUGGGUGCAGGUUCCGAACUCUUGCUUGAUUCAAUUGUUGCCCUUCCUGUAUUGGAAGAAGUGUCGGCCUACACUGCUAAUACAACAUCAAACAGCACCAAGAUUGGAAUGGAGGUUUGCUGGAAUCAUGUCAUCGGUGUUAAUGAUACUAUGAGGGCGCUAUUGAACUGCUCAGAUUAUGAAUUCUCCAUCAUGGCGGAAGUGUUUAAUGGGGCAAAACCAUGUUCGUGUAACUCAGCAGGAACAGUACGCAACACGCGUUGUGAUGACCACGGUGGGCAGUGCCAGUGUAAAGACGGCAUCAUUUCUUUGUCAUGUGACUAUUGCGCGGCUCAUCAUUAUGACUACGAGUCUGGUGACGGUUGUACAGCUUGCAACUGUGACCCCAAUGGCUCUGUAAGACUCGCUUGCAACUCUACUGGAGGAUGUGAAUGUCACCCUGAGGUUAUCAACGAGAAAUGCGAUUCAUGUCGACCACAAUAUUACGGGCUCUUUGACGGUGAUGGUUGUGUGCCUUGCACAUGUAAUUUGCAGUAUGCAUAUGACAACGAUUGUGCUGAUAGUGGACAGUGCUCAUGCAAGCCUGGUGUGGGUGGACAGGACUGUGUGGAGUGCCUACCAGGGUUUUUCAACUUAACUACGAAUGGUUGUAUGGCUUGUAAUUGUGCACUUGAUGGCAGUUACAAUGAGACGUGCGAUAACAGUGGUUCAUGCCACUGCAAAGCAAACACAGUCAACGCAAAAUGUGAUACAUGUCGACCAACCACUUAUGGAUUUGGCCCAUGGAGUGAGACUGGCUGUAUUCCAUGCUUCUGUUCUGAACGUGGCACGGACUGUUCCACUACAGAAGGGUGGGUCAAGUACACACAAGUCAGCUAUUGGUCCCUGUUGAAUUCUGAAGCUGUUGAGUCCAGAUGGACUGGGAUAGAUGGUGAUGGAGAUGAAAUCGCGAUCGUUGACCUGCCAGUUCUUGAUGUUCUUGAUCCAAGAUUCAUUCUGGACUUAACUGACCCGACCAACCUCACUGAUCUGUUUUUCGUCUCGCCCGAAGAGUACCAGGGUGAUAGGCGUACGGCCUACGGCCAGAUACUCAGCUUAAGCCUAAGCCAAUCUACAAUUGAGAAUCAGACGAUAUCAAUGGACGGAGAUGUCUUUAUUUAUGGGCAAUAUGCUGAUGAGCCACUCGUCAAUGCACUACCUAUGAAUCCAGGACUUGAGAGUACUACUUAUGAGUUCAAGCUUCAUGAGAACUACUGGUUGAUUGGGUCAGCCACUGGACCUCAGGCAUCCUUUGCUCAGCUCAUGAAAGUCCUCGCUGGUAUCAGUGACAUUCGCAUAAGAGCCAAGUACACAGAGUUGCCUAAGGAAUCAGUGUUCUUGCAUGAGGUGAUGCUAAGUUAUGCAGUGAAUGAAACUGAAGGAGAGCCCCUUAACAAUGUGGAAGACUGUCAGUGCCCAGUCGGAUAUGCUGGUAUAUUUUGUGAAGUGUGUGCACCAGGGUUCACCAGAGAAGUUCCAGGAAGUGGGACAUUUGGUCUGUGCAUUCCAUGUUUUUGCAAUGGGCAUUCGGAUGUGCCGUGUGAUCCUGAUACUGGGGUGUGCAAUAUGUGUGGGGAUAACACUGCUGGAGAUGCCUGUGAGCUGUGCGCCGACGGUUACUAUGGUGAUGCAUUGCAAGGGACUGAGGACGACUGUCAGCCGUGUAUGUGCCCUGGACCAGCAGGUCAGAACUCAUUUGCUGCUACGUGUGAUGAUAAUGGAAUUUGCGAAGGUUGUGCAACUGGCCACGCCGGACUGCGCUGUGAAUACUGUCUUGAAGGUUACUAUGGGCAACCAAACAACUUCCUGAACCGUGGUGGACAGUGUACGCCUUGUUUCUGUAGCCUUAGUCUACACUUAUGCAACAGCAUCACAGGGCAGUGCAGGAAUUGUACGGGAAACACUGCAGGCAUGGAAUGCGAUACAUGUAUGUUUGGAUACUGGGGAAACAUUGAGAAUUGCCAAGCCUGUGAUUGCAACACAAUCGGUAGCAUCGGUAACUGCACGCAAGAUAGAGGGCAGUGCUACUGUUAUCCCAAUGUUGUUGGUGACCAGUGUACAGAGUGUGCUCCCCUGUCAUUUGGAUACAAUGACACAGAGGUCGGCUGCACUGAGUGUGACUGUCACCCAGAAGGGACAACCACCGGACCUUUAACACAAUGUGACUUGAUUACCGGCCAAUGUCCAUGCAAAUCCAGAGUGAUUGACAGACAGUGUGAUGGCUGCAUUGAAGGAUACUACAAUGUGGAUGAGGAGUGUAUAUUGUGUAAUUGUAAUACGACUGGUACAGACACCUCUACUUGUAAUUCUGAAACGGGACUCUGCCCUUGUGACGUCGAUACCGGACAGUGCACAUGCAAACUACCAACGAUUGCUGGGCAAGCGUGCGACAGAUGCGGGCGGGUCGAUAGUGUUAACGAUAUUGUAGCGGAGGUGUUUGUUGGAUCAUAUCCCAACUGUGAACCGUGUCCAGAAUGCUUUCAGGACUGGAGGGGGUACAUUGAGGAGCUCGGUGGUGUACUAACGCAGCAGUAUAAUACACUCUUAGAACUUCUGAGUCACUAUGAUAACUUGACAGUAUCCGAGCUGUCUCUUAUACACAUCUUAUUUCAUGCUUAUCGUAUUUAUAUAGUAACAGAGGAGCUUAUUGCAAUCACUGAGUAUUUAGACGUUGUCAUGGCUUACAUUACAAAUGUUACAAUAAUAUCCGAUCCAGUGAGGUCGUAUGAUGGAAGUGUUGAGGUCGUCCCGGGGGAGAUAAGGAACAUCCAACAAUUACAAAACCGGCUACAGCAGUUGGUGGACACCCAGACAAACCUGUUCAAUUCAGGUGCUUCGGCCUGGAGUAAUAUUGAAUCCCUGUACCAGAAUGUUUCGUCAUCCCUCGAUGUGGUCAAUGAACUCCGGCAGGAGGUCAGAGGUCUAUUGUCGGAGACAAGCGUUGCCAUAACCGAACGUCAGAGCACUCUUGACAUUAUUAACAGUCCAGUGAUACGGGCAGAGUAUGAACAUAAUGAGGUACAGUUAGCAACAAUUGAGUCAAUUCGGGAAACCUAUGAAACGGGCUCGAUCAGCUUUGAUGCAACAACCGCAAACUUGAUAGCCGAGAGCACAAAUGACACUGCUAACAUUGCACUAGAGCAGGCCCUUUUGCGACUGGAAGAAGCUAAUUUUAAGGUGUAUGAAAGUGAAGUUGCACGGUUCAACGCGUCAGUGGCCCAACAGAAGAGUGAUAUUACUGCUGCAACUGCUACAGCAUACGAGGAAGCAGCAGCAUUGGCCAAGAGUGAUAUGACCAAUCACUACAUACGGACACUGGAUGCUUACGCUAGGAUUGGAGUAGCUGAUGGUACCAAUGCUGAAAUCGCUGUCAUAUCAGCUGAGGUUCAGUCCCAAACAUUAAGACCUGUCAGUGAAAUGGAACAGCUAGCUACGGCAAUAAAUGGCAUCGAUAUCUCUGGAGAUCUGGUGGAGUCAUUGUACGCAGAUGCAGCAAACAAGAAGAGAGAGGCUGACCUUACGUUGAACACCACCUUGGAAGCUCAGUUGGCCUCGCAACAGGUUUACAACAAAGUUCUAGGCAUUGAGUCAGAUAUAUCGGAAGCAGGGAUUACGAGAGCCAGCACUGCUCAGAGUGUCUCUGACUCAGACACUGCUAUUGCUAAUAUUCAAGCUGUUGUUGAAGCUGUUAUGGCAAAAGGGGAUGAAACUGCUGCCAAAGGGUUAGAGACCUCCCAACUUAUCAGCACAAUAUCUGAAGACAUCACAGACAAUGAGGAUUGCUUCCGAUUAAAGCGAGCACAAGCUGAGAAUGCAGCUGAGAGGGCAGGUGUAGCAAACUCACAGGCUGAUUCAGCAAACACAAGGUACGGAGAAAAUGUUGUACAAGAAAUGUCACUGAAUACCCAGGUUGAAGCUCAUCAAUCCACUGCAUCCACUAAUGCCAAUCGGGUGGAGAAUGUAUACAACAGUGCAGUUGCUCUCCGUGAAGAUGUCACCAAUACUCAGAAUAUGGAGGAUCUAUCAGCCAUGUUACUGCAGUACAUGCAGCAACGGGCAGCAAUGGAUAACCUCCAGCGUGAAAUGUUAACAAUGGACACAGACCUGGAUGCAAUUCUUGCCAAUCUAGAGGGCGCUGGCGUCGAUGGCGAAGUUCAGUGUGCAAAUUAAAAUACCAAAUAGUGUAUCGGCUGAAUUUUUAUGGGAUUUUUUAUGGUAUAUCACAGGAAUAUUGGUGCUAGGCUACACAAAUUGGCUGUCACAGUGUGCUACAUACAGCAGUUUAUUUAUUUCAUUUAAAUUUAAUCCAAAAGCAGUUGGUAAUUAUGUCUAUAAUUGGAGGAUGGAAGUAAAAGUAGGAGAGCAUGCUGUA